UCCCUCCUCCGCCUCGCCCGGCUCACACAGCUCAACCCUCGGCUGCUUCCUCACUGAGUGCCGGAGCUGUCGGAGCAGAAACAUUGUCCAGUUUUCCUCACGUGUGUGUUUCAGUGUUUCAGUGUUUCAGUGUUUUAAACAUGUCUCAGAUCAACGUCUGCCUCAAGCGGCUCUUCACCGUCUUCAACAUCUUCUUCGCGAUUAUCGGCGGCGUCAUCAUCUCGCUCGCUCUGCUGUCUCAGGUCCUCACGAACAUCGAGGAUGGAGAAAGCCUCGAGGGUCGCACCACCGGCCUCAUCGUCCUCUACGUCGUGGGCUCUGUUACCAUGGUGAUCGCCAUCCUGGGAGCCUACGGCGCCCACAAGGAGAGCAAAGUGUCCCUGAUCGUGUUCCUGGUCUGCAUGGUUUGUGGAAGUCUGAUGAUGCUCCGUACUGGGAUCUACGCCGCUGCAGCCCGCCCCAGGCUGGAGGCCGUGGUGAAGCAGAAGUUUCAGGAGCUGCUGCCUCUGGACAAAGCCUCAGAAGACGUGAAGGAGAUGGCCGACAGUCUGCAGAGACAGCUGCACUGCUGUGGUCUGUUCAGUUCUGAGGACUGGGGGCAGAACAUCCCCGACUCCUGUUUGUGCAACCAGGAGGUGGAGCCGGAGGGGACGUGUGAGACCCUCAGCUACAGACGCGUGAUGUUUCCCUCCAAGUCCGUCUACGCCAAGACCUGCUUCCCCAUCAUCAUUCACUACGUCCUGCUGCUCGCCGACAUCGUCAUCGGCGUCGUCUUCACUCUGGCUGCUCUGGCGCUGCUCGGCAUGACGCUGUCCUCCAUCAUGAUCCACCAGCUGCGUUACCCCAACAGACCGACCGUCGUGCUGUCGGUCCCCGCCAUCUUCACCACGCCUCCACCCAAAUACCAGGAGCUCCACAACCCUCCACAGUACUAGAGAGGAGGAGCACCACCACAACCACGUCUGUCCUCUGUCUGUUAGCUUGUUCAGGACGUGGAGUUCAUGUCGUUUCUGUUUAUUCUCGGAUUUUAGGCGAUAUAUGCAGUUAAGAGGACCGCGGGGUCCAAAGUGCCUUACGUCACUGUGAGGAGUCGUGACUGUUGGCUCCACCGAGUUCAAUGGAAACAAAAAAAACCACUGGGCUUGGCUUUGAAAUCAUUACUCGUUUUAAAUUAGGUGAGAGUGAAGCUGAUUGGUUGGCAUUGUGGUGGGCGGGGCUUAUUGAUAUCAGGUAUAAAAUCUGCCGGUUUUUUUUACUGUUU